GUUCCACUACCAUGUUAGCUGGUUAGCUAACGUCCAACCGAGAUUGAAGAAAACUUUUUUGAAAUAAAUCAAGUGGUAUAUUGGUCCAUUUAAUUCAUUAUGUAUAAUGUCAGUUAGCAGGUUAAGAUGGCCUAGCACUAAAUUAAUCGCUAAUGCUCACUAGCAAGCUAACAUCCCUGACUAUGAGCUCACUCCAUUACCGCGCUGUUACUGAAAAAAAGGCCUGGACGGAGGAAGAAGCCUUGGUGAAAGAGAAGGAACAGAGGAUUGUCGCUGUUAAAGAAGAAUUAGAUAGUGAUGCUUUAAGAGUGAAAGAAGACUUCUCAGUGAUAGAAAAUGUGGAGACUUCCAGGGUAAUAAAGGGAGAGGGUGUUCCUGUGAAAGAAGAGGAUGCCGUCUUUGCGGUGAAAGCAGAGGAUGAGGAGAUUAAUGUCACUUUGAAGGGAGAAGAGGAACAGACUGGAGAUCCGAUUAACCACGUGAAAAAGGAGGAGGACAUUAAUGUCCCAGUUAGAGAAGAGGAAGGAGAGAUUACUGUCACAUUGGAAGACGAUGACCAGGAGGACAUUGAACAAAUCUCAAAGCCAGGCUCAGACAAUGGUCCCAGUUCCACAGCACCAACAAACUGCAAACAAGGCAGACAGAAGCCUUGCUGUCGUGAAAACGUUACUUGUCCAACUCACCUUGAAUCAAACAAACUGACGCUCAAACAAAAGAAGCUAUUCCUCUGCUCCCAAUGUGGGAAGAGGUUUCUUCGAGCAGGAGAACUGAAAAGUCAUCAGAGAAUACAUACAGGGGAAAAGCCUUACAAAUGCACCCAGUGUGAAAAGAGCUUUAGUCAUUCAGGAACUCUUAGAGAACACCAAAGAGUACAUACAGGGGAGAAGCCUUACAAAUGUACCCAAUGUGAAAAAAGCUUUAGUCAUUCAGGAAGUCUUAGAGAACACGAAAGAGUGCAUUCAGGGGAGAAGCCUUACAAAUGUACCCAGUGUGAAAAGUGCUUUAGUCAUUCAGGAAGUCUUAGAGAACAUGAAAGAGUGCAUACAGGGGAGAAGCCUCACUACUGCACACAAUGUGGGAAGAGUUUCAGUCGGGCAGGAAUUCUUAGGAUUCAUGAAAAAACUCACACAGGAGAGAAACCUUUCCACUGCUCUGUAUGUAAGAAAAGUUUCCCAAGAGAAAUAGCUCUAAAGGUUCAUGAAAGAGUUCAUACUGGAGAGAAACCCUUCUCCUGUUUGACAUGUGGCAAAUGUUUCAGUGAAAAAUUAAGCCUUAAUAGACAUGAGAGAGUACAUAGUGGGGAGAAGCCUUAUCUCUGCACACAGUGUGGAAAGUGCUUGAGUAAUUACAAAACACUUAAGGAACAUCAGAGGAUACAUACAGGGGAGAAACCUUACCACUGUUCUCAGUGUGGAAAGAAUUUCCGUUUUGCAGGAGACCUAAAGAAACAUCAGAGAUCACAUAGCAAGGAAAAGCCUUAUCACUGCUCUGUAUGUCAGAAAAGUUUCUCUCAGCAACGAAACUUAAAGACACAUCAGCGGAUUCACAUUGGACGGAAACCUGUCUGUAAUCUUAAUGUAAUUGUUAAAGAGGAAGAGGGUGAGAGGGAAAUCAAUGAGGGAGAGAGGAAAGGUCAGAAAGAGGGCAAUAAUACUGUAGUUGACCCAUGUACAUCAACAAUAACUGGUCGUAGGAGUUACCCCUGCCCUCAAUGUGGAAAGAGUUACAGUUCAUCUAGUAAUUUGAAGACUCACCAAAUAGCACACACUGGAGAAAAACCUUUCCACUGCUCUCAAUGUGGGAACAGUUUUAGGAAAAAAGUAACCCUUCAGAGACAUGAGAAAGUACAUGAAAAAGAUACAAAUAAAGAAAAAUCUUUCCACUGCUCCAUAUGUGUGAGGAGUUUCAGUGAGAAGGCAUCCCUUAAGAGACAUGAGAAAACUCAUUGUAAAGAAAAGCCUUACCACUGCUCCCAAUGCGGAAUUCAUUUUAAUGUGGCAGAUGCCCUACAGAAACAUGAGAAAAUACACUGCACAGUAAAACCUACCUUUACUUUGAAUGUGAUUAUAAAGGAGGAGGGAGAAGAGAGAGAAAUUAAAGAAGAAAGCAAAGUGGAGGAAUAUGAAAUAGACGUGAAGGAAGAGGGAACAUAAUUUAUCUCCAUAUGAAUUCAAGGACCUUCUAUCCUUGCAUCCUCUCAUUUCUUCUCUGACAGAGUAGUGCCAUUGAGGGCUAUUUUUAUAUGAAAUUAGGUCCCGUUAAACUCAAAUAAAGAAAAUAUAACAUGGCACUUGAAAAGCAAGGGGUCAUUGUUGGGACAAAAGCAUAUAAACAUUAUGUGCUGAUUUAGUCCCUCUGGUGUAGGGCAUCUGCUAUGUGAAUGAAUUGAAAAUGUAUAUUAUUUUACUUCUUCUACUACUUUUGUAAUUGUAAUUCACUUCAAACAAUUUGUAGAUUUUUCUUUUCAAUUUGACAUUGUUAAUUUUUGUGUUGAUCAAUGACAAUAAUAAUUAAAUGUAUUUUGAUUUCAUGUAGGUAACACAAUCAAUUGUGUAAAUGUCCAUGAGGGGUGAAUACUUUUGAGAGACACUACAUUUAGUUUGAUGCAACCUUUAUGCAGGAAGCUUCAACAGAACAGUCACCAGCAAAAUUAAAUGAUCCCUCAAGCUUGCAUCCAAAAACAUAACUAGCUAAGUUACCAGCAAACUGUGUAAUAAUACAUGAUUAUUUCAAGCCAGAAGUUACUACAUCCAACUUUUACCAAGCCAAUUGACGUGGUUAGUGAGGAGUGGGUACCUAGCUAAAGAAAUUAACUUACCUUUAAGCCAUAAAUGUUGUAAAGUAACAUUAAAAGUUCCUCUCUAGAGUUAUUCCUCUGCCCAAACCAACUAGGGAGUUUUUCUAGAAUGGGGACCAUGUAAUUCCUUUGCAGGACAAAUACUUUAGUUCCUCCCAAAAUAAUGUGAUGGUUCAAGUGAUUCAAUUAGUAUGUGGAUUGUCAGCAUCUUCUAUAGGCAGCCAGUGGUCUAACCGGAUUGUGACCUUAGUCUAGUCUUGGUGAAAAAGUAUUUUUGUCUGGGUACAUAGCAAGGACAACAUCACCAAUGUCUCACACAUUAAACCCCAUGGGGACACACUGGUGAACUUAAGAAACCACUUAACCUGAACUUGAUUGGCAUGUGGUAAGCGUAACUGAGGGUUCGGCGGGCUGGUGGGCGGGAGCUAAUUCCAAGUGUGAUGUCAUUGGUUAGUUUUGAGAGCCUUUCUUAUUGUUAGAGUUAACCAAUUAAAAAUAAUCCUGGUAUUUGUUCUUAAAAGCCAAAGACUCAGCUAUUCCUCUGGAGCCUAAACUGCAGUCCAACCACACAUACAAAUAAAUGCAACUAGAUCACAUCUGUUUGACUGUAUGGAGGAAAUUAAAAGGGUAGUUUUGUUAUAUGCAGCGACUAUUUAAAGUCUACAGUUUGUUGUGUGCCUCAUAAAUGUAUUUAUUUUUUAUUUUCAUUGUGAAUUGUAUUGUUAUUGUAAAAAUAUAUACCUGAAAUAAUCUAUUUGGAAAAGUCUCCACCCCCAUGAGAUAAAAGUUUGUGGAUGUUGCCAGCCCCUGAGUUAAAAAGAGGUUUUCCCCCAUCGUGUUCUAAGACUUAGUGGCUGAUUGGAUUGGACCUCUAUCUAGUGAAUAGUUUAAUGACUACAUAUCAAAUCGCCUGUUUAGAUAAACAAUUGUUCAAAAAUAGUUGCAUCCAUGGUAUAAUUUAUGCUGCAGUACAGUUAUAAUUUUUUUAUUUGAUUCAACUUUCUUGUAUUUAAACAAGUACAAGUACAACGAAAUGCAUUUAGCAUCUAACCACAAGUGCAAAUAGGGAAGGGCAGAAUAUUUACUAAAUAUAUGUAUAUACGUAUAUAUAUAUGUAUAUGUAUAUAAGUGGAAUGUAUAGAUGGAAGAAAGCCACUCAGUGGAGUCAGUGGAGUUUCACAUCUGCAAAAAUAUGUAAAUAUGUGGACACGAUCCAGUAACAAAUUAGUGGAAAAAACGAAAGUGUCAGUAAGGUAUUGUGCCACCACCAGCCGCCAGAACAUCUUCAUAUCCAUUGAAUAUUUCUCUGAACGGCAUUACCCACUCCAGUCAACAGAUGGCGAUUUCAGAUUAUGUUUCUAGCGUGACGACCCUUUAACAACAACCACAACGGUUCAACUCAUUAGCGUCAUGCUGGCAACAUUAGAGAUUCCGUAGCAAC